CUAAACAGCACUGAGACAUAUCAUUACCUCCUACUUCGAAUAUUUUCAUUUAUUACCAGGUUCCAGCAACAGUUUUUCAAACCAAACCAAAGUAAAUCAUUAACCAGAAUGCACGUCAUUUCCAUUAUUUCUGCUUGAGUCCUCUUGCGAUUCCUUUGAGACCAGAAACGUAUUGUGAGAUACAGUGGAAAAUCUGGGGCAUGGUUCCAAAGACGUGUCCAUCGCAUUUUCCUAUUGUGCUACUGAUGUAGGUUCCAGGAGGUUUCAAAAUUCUCAACGAUGGGCUAACAAUGUUUUUUAUCUGAACUGGUUUUGAUUCAGAAGCACAAUUUUGAACCUGACAUAAGAGGAAAUGCCCUCAUACAUCAGUCUCCGAUACGUACACUACUGUUCAGUGUUUCAUUGCUAAUUGAUCAAGGUUGCCCAGGCAAGAACAUUGUGAUACUGUGAGAGAGUGCUGCAUUAUCUUUGUUCAUAAUGUCUUUGAGGAGAAAACGAAAAGUAUUGUGGCUUGGUUUAAUAGCAUCGGCUUGUGUGGUAGUUCUCAAAUGGCAGGCUGGGAUCACAGCAACUGAAAAGAAUCAUGAAAGAGAAUAUCGUACUUUGGUCCCUCAUGCAAGCAGACAUGUGACCAAAAUUUCUCCGUGUUUACCAAAUAAAAGAUAUGCCAACCAAUCUUCAAAGCUACCCAAGAUGUAUCAGAACUUCCUGGAAUAUAGACACUGUCGGACUUUCCGAGCUUUGCUGAAACCAAAGGGAUGCUCUGAAGAAUUGUUUUUAUUAUUAGUUAUUAAGUCUAAAGCACCCAACAUAGACAGACGGGUCACAAUCCGACAUACAUGGGGAAAAGCAGGAGUUAUCAAUGGAGUUGAAGUCAAAUUGGUUUUUUUGUUGGGCAUUACAGAAAAAUUCCAAGGUCAGCCCCUGCAUCAGUCAGUGGUAACUGAAUACAAACUGUAUGGUGACCUCCUUCAAUGGGACUUCCAGGACAGUUUCUUUAAUUUGACAUUGAAAGAGAUCCAUUUCCUCAGAUGGUUUGCUGCAGAUUGUUACUCAGCAAAAUUUGUCUUAAAGGGAGAUGAUGAUGUCUUUGUGAAUACAUUCAAUGCGAUUGAAUAUCUCAAGGAUUUUCAUCCAGAUCAUGACCUCUUUGCUGGGCACAUCAUUAACAAUGCUAUUCCGAAAAGGAAUAAGAAAAUCAAGUACUUCAUUCCCAACAUCAUUUAUGAAAAUAAAUCAUAUCCUGCCUAUGCUGGAGGUGGUGGGUAUGUAAUGUCCAGAAAAACUGUGUUACGGCUGCAUCAGAUUGCAGCUAACAUGGACGUUUUCCCAAUAGAUGAUGUGUUUGUUGGCAUGUGUUUGUUGCAAUUGGGGUUAACUCCAACUUCACACAUUGGCUUCAAGACACUUGGUGUACCUAAAGCAUUUAACUUUGAUCCAUGCUUGUAUAACGAUCUCAUAGUGGUGCACAAACUAAACCCAGCACAGAUGUGGAUUAUGUGGAGCCUUGUGAAUGACUCAAGCUUCAAAUGUGCUAAAAAAAAGGGAUAAGAACAGCAGCCACAGAAAACUGAAAUUCAAUUUGAUGUAACCUCUGAAAAUACUGCUGAAAUAGCAGAGUGCUGAGAAAGUAGGGACCAAGUUUUAUAAGAUUUGUGAUAUAAAGUGCAGAUGAUAGCACAUAUGAGGCACACAAAGACCAAGGAUGAGAGGAGACAAAAAGACGUUUGUAUAUUGAUAUGUUUCACAUAUGCUGUACACUUUGUGGUAAUAGGAUCAGUGUCAUUCUGUCAUUUUAAAGCUAACACUGUGAUUAGCUGUUCCUAUUGUAUGUGCUCCUCCAGUCAAAAAGAAUUGGACAUUCUAUCGGAAACUGAAGAAAGGUCUUAAAAAUGUAUAACACAAACACAACAUACUAUAGGCAUUCAAUAAGCCAUUGCAUUUGCUUGAAUGUAACUGUGUAACACAAGUGGAUUCUUUUGCAUUUGUACAUUUCCCACAUGAAAAGAAUGUACAGAGAGUAUCCUAGAAUGCUUUUGCUGUUCUCCUCUUUACAAACUUCUUUUCAAUUUAUCCUGACAAUUUUUCUCUGAACAACAUUCAAGAGUAUAUUUCCAAAAGCAACAAUUAUUCUUGACGGUGGGUUUUGGCAGAUUGGUGCCUGCAUAAAAACAUUUCCAGUGGGUGUUUUCUCUACCUUUUCAACUCAUUACCAAUCCAGAUUUUAUAUUCUGUACCCUACUCCUGGCCCACUGUUCCCUUUUUACCCCAAAGCUUAGUAUUUUCUAUAACUCCUGUAUUCUGGUCAAGCUACCUUAUCACAAAAAUUAAGACAGUUCAAUCAGUAAUCACAAUCAGACAUGAGAGAAAAGAUACACCACUCCCACGAAAGGAAGAGAAGGAAUGAAGAUAAAAGACAAUUAGAAAAGAUGAAGUACAUGGAGAGAAAGAAGAAAAAAAUGGAGAGCAAAAGGAGUGAGACAUCAGCCACUGAGAAGCAAAAGGAAAUGACAGAAUUUAUAAACAAACAUGACGGAGAAACAAAACAGCUGUUUGUGUAAAAUGUCAGAUUUCCUUGCAAUGUGUUUCUAUCAUAAAGUACUAUGAACCGAGCCGUAUUUUUAAUUGACAAUGUUACCUCAACAACAGUAUGAUUAAAAGAGCUUCAAUGUGGAGAAGAUUAUUGAUGGGCCAUCUUAAGAUAACGGAUGAAAGAAACUCUCUAAGACCUUCUUACCAGAAACAAUGUAAUUCACCUAAAGGUUGAGGAUUAGCUCGCGUGGUGUUCAUGCUUUCUGUGGGGAUCUGCAGUGUGAGCUCGUGUAAUAUUAUGCAUGAGACACUUAUCCUUUGUGUGGAUUCAUUGCAAGCUACAUAGUAUAAAACUGCUUCCAUAUCAUGAAAAAGUGACCAAUGUUAUUCUAUACCUUUAAUUAAACCAUCACAGACACAAAAAAGCCAUCAUCUAUGCUUCCUUUCAGAAGUGAUGGUUGACAUGAUGAAGACAACUUUUUAUUCCUUUCACUGGCUCCCAUCAGUUACAACAGGAACCACUUGUCCUUUGGGAUGGUUCUAGAGACAGACUCUUCCAAUUGCUGAAUACAUUUCAGUAGAUCCAUCACCAUAAAUCAUCUAGCAUCAUGCUAAAUG